AUGAUUGCCGUCGACAACACGGAGUUGCUGCCGGGAGAGUCUCCCGAGCUGGUUUUGGUUCCUGCCACCCCAGAGGAGCGCAUCAAGUCGAUCAAGCUGAACAGUACGGCAUGGAAGGGCCGUUUGGAUGUUGAUACGUACAUUGCCAGAGAAAAUCAUCUGCUUCAGCAGCGAUUGGUCAAUGAAGGGUUGACCUGCUGGAUUCUGGUCGACCGCAGGGAACCGGAAGGCGAGCGGACGAUCUUGAGUUCUUGCGAGACGUACAAAAAGAAGGCUGUGCGGGCUUACUGUGGUUCACUGUCAGAUGUGCCCACCUAUGGAAUCGGGAGCGUCUUCUGUCGGCCUGAGUACAGAGGUAAAGGAUAUGCGAAGAGGAUGUUGCAGGAAUUGUGCAGAAAACUCGACAUGUGGGGUAUGAGCCCUGAACAGGGAAGCCAGCCAUACUUCAGUGUGCUGUUCUCGGACAUUGGAAAGAACUUUUACGCCCAAUUUGGUUGGAAGCCCUUCCCUUCGUCUCACAUCUCUCUGCCACCCAUCUCGAAGGAACAAUAUGACCAGUCCCCCGGGGCCAACCUGCCAAAGGCGAGGACCUUCGGCGCAGACGACGUUCGGGACUGCAUGUGCAGUGACGAAGUCCUACAAAAGGAGCGCGAGUCACUGCGCGCAGCAUCGAACGAGAAUCCCGGCGUUAAUAAAGUAGCAAUUCUGCCCGAUUUUGAUCAUUUUACGUGGCAUUGGGCGAGGGAAGAGUUUUAUGUGGAAAAGCUGCAUGCCGACAGGGCCCCGCCACAGAUAAAGGGUGCUGGUGAAGAUCAAGCUCGGGUGUACUGUGCUUGGACUAGAAAUUUUGGCGAGACUCCUCAGGAUAACACUUUGUACAUCUUGCGAUGGGUGUAUGACGAACCGACAACGCCUGAAGAGACCGAGGCGUUGGCAAAGGCGAUGGCAGCCAUCCUCAGAAGGGCCCAGCUCGAGGCCCAUGAAUGGGAUAUGGCCAAGGUGGAUUUCUGGAACCCAACCCCAUUGUUGCAGAAGGCAGUUGGCCUGCUGGAUUCACCGGCAGAGUUGAUUCACCGGGAGAAGAGCAGCAUCGCCAGUUUGAGGUGGACAGGUGCCACCCUGGGGCUCGGCGAUGAGGUUGAAUGGGUCUGGAACGAGAAGUACGCUUGGUGCUGA